GUGUGUGGAGACAGAAUUUACUAAAAAGCCUGAUAAUGGAGUCCGUAUGGGGAUUGGAGGAACGUAUUUUGGAAUCAGUCCGUCAGCGUUUCUCACCGGAACCCUUUCUCAUCCUCACCGGCGAUCCGGCCGAACUCCGGCGAGUCAUCUGUUUCAGUCAGAAUAAUGCCAAAGGUGAAGACGAAUCGUGUCAAAUACCCAGAGGGGUGGGAAUUGAUAGAGCCUACACUCCGUGAACUACAAGGAAAGAUGCGAGAAGCUGAGAAUGAUCCACAUGAUGGUAAAAGAAAAUGUGAGACAUUGUGGCCUAUUUUCAAAAUAGCACAUCAGAAGAGUCGGUACAUUUUUGAUCUUUACCACCGGAGGAAGGAAAUAUCCAAGGAAUUGUAUGAGUUUUGCUUGGAUCAAGGUUAUGCUGACUGUAAUCUGAUUGCAAAAUGGAAGAAGCCUGGUUAUGAACGUCUAUGCUGUUUAAGGUGCAUGCAACCCCGAGAUCACAACUUCCAAACAACAUGUGUUUGUCGAGUCCCCAAGCAUCUGAGGGAGGAAAAGGUUAUAGAGUGCGUGCAUUGUGGUUGCAGGGGUUGUGCAAGUGGAGACUGAUGGGUCUUCUACUCAGUGUAAAGGAGAUCCUCUCACUGUCAUCUUUCUAUUCUUGGCACCGAUAUGUCAUGAGGCAAUUAGUGUCUAAACUGUGUGAAAGGUCUGAAACAUUUUCUCAAAACUGGGUAAGACCUUUGUUGUGAUGAUUCACUGAAAACCUAUAUGUGAAAGUUGUCUUAAAAUUUUCUAGUUUCCCCUUGUGACUUGACUGGCCUUAAAUGCCAAAAUUUUUUCAUCUUUUAUA